AUGGAGAUCGUCAUCGGUGACAUCUAUGAUCAUUUGGCCUCGGGAAAAUCGGACGAACGAAUGCAGGGAACGUUUCUCUGUGGUUUCUGCAACUUAGAGUUAACCAAUGAUGACGAUGACUUGGUCGAGUGUAAAAAGGCUCAAGCACACGCGGCGGCUCAUCGCCUCGCUUUUGAGACCCUUCUCGAGCAGAAAACACCUUUUCCAGCGUGCCCAAUUUGCGAGGAAAUCAUAAUCUCCCAGAAAUCGCUUUCAAACAAAACGGGGCAGGUGCUCUUCAACGAUUUGGAUGUCGUGGAACAUUUAGAGAAGAAUCAUUUCGAGAGUCUCAUCGAAGAUUUCAUUAAUGAUUUCGAUCAACCACCCUACCUUGGAACAACAUUUAAACGAAAAGAUUCAAAUGGGAUAAGAGUAAAACCAUCACUACAUACAAGUUUUGUAAAUUGCGGUGUCUGUGGGUGGACAUCGGCAAAUCUUCAACUGGAAUCAAUCGCCAUUUUGUCACAAGAGAUUGCCGAACAUCUGUAUUUUCAUCUAGAAGACCAAACUUUUCUCGUUGGACACCAUGAGGUAGAAGAAAACAUCCUAAAGAAGGCGGAGAUCGGCUCGUUGAGGCGGAGUGUCACCUUUUCCGAAAACAUCGACCUCAGCUCACUUCCGUAUGCAGAAAAACUCGCCAUCCUUUACCCGAAACAAUUGAUUAAGCUCUUUGGACCAGCGGUAGUAAUUGUGAUUCGUUGCCUGCACGGGUUGCGAUUGAAUCCUUUCCUCAAUGCCGAUAUGCAGAAUGGUUUCGAUGAACGAAUUCGACUACUCAAAUCGAAAGGCGGCUCUUGUUCAAUUGCCCAGGGUCUACAAGGCUUGUUCGAGAACCUCUCAUCUGAUCUAAUGCUUCCGGAAAGGGAGAAGGGGCAAAGAGAAAGAAUAUAUGAGUGUGGAAGAGAAGAGUGUGGCCAUGCGAAGAUCGAUUUCGGAAGCAGCGCCAGGACGAUUUCCCAUCUAUUGGCCCAUGCCCGACAUGAAGAAGCAAGACUUUUCCAUUCAAUGGCCAACCUCACUCCAUACAGUUGUCGAUGUGGUGUACAGGCUUUCUCUCCGAUGGGAAUUUUCUAUCACAUGAAUAAUUCCCAUUUUUUUGAAGACGAGGACAUUGAGGAGAACUCGAUUGAGGCAAAGAUUAUCGCCAAAGCUGACAUGCUCGUGAACGUAUUCGGCCAGUCGUGUUUCCGCGGUCUUCAACGUCCUCGACAUCAAGUGGUUCUCAUGGAGCUUCAAUCACGGAUUGUAUUAGAGAAAGAACCCGGCGAGGAAAAGAACUGGCCACUCUUACCCGCGGCCAUUCAAGAACGAUGGUACGUCGGAUGGGAAAAUUUUGUGCGCGAUUCAUUGACAUCUCGAAAAAUCGUGAACUUUUUAUGUCUAUCGCCUUUUGAAGAUGUGAUUUACUACGAUGGAACGGCCUCGAUUCUCUACCCCGAUGUGAACCCGAAGACAACUUUUGCAAAAGCCCAUCAACAUUUCCUUCGAUUCUACAAAAAGAGUCGGGACGGUUUCCCAACGCGAGCCACUCAACUUUUGUUGGAAACAGGCUUUUUGAAACGAUAUCGUCUAAAUCUUCGCCGAAAAAGAGAGCGACGACUUCGAUUGGCGCAAAAGAGCAAUGCAUUUCACGUUCCAUUUGACGUUUCCCAUCUGACAAAAGCUCAAUUGGGCAAUCAUUUGGGGAUACGGAAUCAAAAAUUAUUUGAGCAAUCGAACCAAGAGGUUGACUCGGAAAGUGAGGAAUUGAGUGACAAUGAGAAACCCGGACCAAGCCAGCUAAAUUCUUUAUUGAUACCGAAGCAUAAAUCGAAAGGCCUCGAUUUUCUGAUAAAUGAUCAAUGGAGAGUGAAAGAAGAAGUCGAUGAGGAUGCUGAAUAUGGCGACUUUGGGUUGUACUGUCGAAUUUGUCCGAACACUUCGUUCGUUUUGGGGGAAAUGACGAUACAGACUCACGCAGCAGCUCAUGCGGUCUUGCUUCUCCGGUUAUCUUCGAGUUCCGAUUUCCAUUCGGAUGGAAUCUACUCGUGCCCGAUUUGUCCAUACGAACCCAGUGCGUGCUGUAGAGCCUCGGAUUUUGAUGUGGCAGGCACGGUGAGGCAUUUGAUGGGACGGCACUCUGAUAUCAUCACACAAAUCUACAAAGACUAUCUGCAGCAGAAAUAUCCUCCUCAAAUGUUCACCCAAAAAUUUUCAUCUCUGCGCGAAGCCGAGGCCGAUCCGUCUCAUGGGCGUUUGGUGUUCAGUUGUAAGCGAACGGAAAGCUGCAAGAUGCCUGAAUUCAUUGGAAGCACGGUAGCCUCUCGGGGUUUUCUUUGUCGAUUGGAUACCGAUCUUCAAAUUCUCAAGCAUCUCCUCUUCCACAUUCGAGUCGAUAAAGGACUGGAACUUGAGCCUCAAGAUCGAGAGCUUCUCACUCGAUGUCUGAUGGUUCGAAUGGGUACUCUAAAUGAGAAAAAUCUGGCUAUUCAUUUGGCCAAGAUUGUCUCGAAAUAUGCUGGAGAUUCUCAAGCAAUGGCAGUGAAAUUCAUCAUAGCAAAGCUUAGAACGAUCGCAACGUCAGUUUUCGAGCUUGAUGCGCCAUGGGUUCUCAAAUUAGUAUUUCCCAUCUCGAAUCUCCGUCUCCAUCUCUCCCAGGUGUUCCCACAGGCGCCCUGUCAAAAAUGCACCGUUCAAGGACGACUCGACCACAAAACGAGAAACGCAGUCUCGUUCAUCGUCGACCCGACAACGGCGGCUCUUCAUGCAAUGACUCACAAUGCAAAAGCUGGCAUCGAUAUAAAACCCGAAUCUCGAUUCGAUUGCCCAAUGUGUGGAGAGAUUUUGUUUGGCGACUAUGAGCUCAUCUCUCAUCUGCUGGCAAGUCAUCCGAUUUGCAUCAAUACUGGCCUGUUAUUCCCCUUUCUUUCAACUCUAUCGCUCACGAAAACCUUCUCGUCUUUACUUUCAAAAGUGUUCGGUUCUCAAUCGUGGCAAGUUGAGCUGGCAGCUGGAUUCUCAUCUCAACAACCAAAACAUUGCUCACAAUUGAUCCAAUCACCGCUCAAUUUGAUCAAAGCACCUAUGCUCGCCGCUCGAAAACGCCCAGCCGUAAAUCCGCAAUUUGAGAUGAAACCGCCAAAAAUCGAGUUCAAUGAGCCCCGGACAAUUGCCGAGGCGCUGAGCCGAUUGGGA